CACGAACACCAGUUCACUAAUCACUACCUCUCCCUCUCCGUCGCGACACAGGCCACGGCGGGCGGCGGCGGAGGCUUCCGUGCGGCUCUUGGCGGAUUGAACGCCCACUCGAGCUGCGCCGGCUGCUGUUUCAGCCGUCCUUAGAUAGACCCUGCUUUCCUCCCGGGCAAAUCCAAGUUGCCCAAAUGCCGACACCAGUGAAGUCGGUGCUGCCCGUAGUGCUCCUCGGCUGCGGCGGCGUCGGCCGCUACCUCCUCCGCCACAUCGUCUCCUGCCGUCCCCUCCACGCCAACCAGGGCGUGGCCAUCCGGGUGGUGGGCGUCGCCGAUAGCUCCUCCCUGCUCGUCGCCGAAGAUGUCCACUCCACCGGCCUCGAUGACGCGCUCCUCACCCAGCUCUGCGCCGCCAAGUCCGCAGGCUCUCCCCUCUCCUCCCUGCUCGGCCGAGGGCACUGUCAGCUGUUCAAGAACCCUGAGGCUAGGGGCAAAGUCAUAGACGCCGCUACCACACUCGGAAGAACAACUGGUCUGGUGCUAGUUGACUGUUCUGCAACUUAUGACACUGUUAGCCUGCUGAAAGAUGCUGUGGAUCAUGGAUGCUGUGUCGUAUUGGCAAACAAGAAACCUCUUACCGGUGCUUAUGAGGAUUUUCAGAAGUUGGUCUCCAACUUCCGUCGGAUAAGAUUUGAAUCUACUGUUGGAGCAGGUUUGCCUGUGAUAGCUUCUGUAACCCGUAUUAUUGCAUCUGGAGACCCUAUUACUCGUAUUGUUGGCAGUUUGAGUGGUACACUUGGGUAUGUGAUGAGUGAGCUUGAGGAUGGAAAGAAAUUUAGUGAAGUUGUAAAAACUGCCAAGUCCCUUGGCUAUACAGAACCAGAUCCACGUGAUGAUCUAGGUGGAAUGGAUGUCGCUAGAAAGGCAUUGAUCCUGGCUAGGCUUCUUGGGCAACAGAUAAGCAUGGAGAGUAUCAAUGUUGAGAGUUUAUAUCCUAGUGAAUUAGGACCUGAUGCAGUGUCCACAAAGGACUUCCUUGAAAGUGGUUUAGUGCAACUUGACAAGAGCAUGGAAGAAAGAAUCAGAGCAGCAUCUUCGAGAGGAAACGUUCUUCGCUACGUCUGUGAGAUUGAAAGCGCAGGGUGCCAGGUAGGCCUUAAAGAGCUCCCAAAGGAUUCUGCGCUGGGUAGAUUGAGGGGAAGUGACAAUGUGGUCGAGAUAUACAGCAGAUGUUACCAGAGCUCCCCUCUGGUGAUCCAGGGCGCAGGAGCUGGCAACGACACCACUGCCGCCGGCGUCCUUGCUGACAUAAUCGAUCUCCAAGACCUGUUCCAGACGAUGGCUUGAUCGUUGAUCGGCAUCCACACCAGUACACCAUCUUGAUUUUUGCAAGGCACCAGAGCGUUUGAUACUUUGAUCGGUGCCAGUGGAAUCCCUCCACUGCCCACUGGUGGGCUUCGCUCCUUGUCAUGUGUGCAAUUUGUUCACGGGCAUGCUCUCAGGCUGAGAGCCUGAGACGUCUGACAUUCGAAAUGUAAUUUUGAGCAGGCGUGUGGGGGAUUUCUUUACAGUUUACAUAAAGGAACUUUGUUUCAGU